AUGAAUGAUGCCAAUUUUGCCGAACCAGAUGCUAGCUUACCGAAGAGGGCGCAAUCAUCUAAGUCCGAAGCUAAAGACAAUGAGGAGGAUGACCGCAAAGUGCUCGAGCAGGCAGAAGCGUAUGAAGGCACAUCUCUCCCCGGAAAAGAGCCUCUAGACGAACAAGACACACAUCGGAUGUCAAUCUUCUCAGCCCCCUCAUGA